AUGACAUUUCUAUUUCUUAAAUUAAUUUAUUUAAUUUCAACAAAACAAUUAUUUUUGUUAAUACUUUUUAUUCCUCUUUUAAAUUCAUUGCAAAAUCCUCAAAAUUCCCAAAAUGAAGAGCCAAUUACGGAUGAUUUUUGUGGUAAAUUUCCAAAAGCAUCGGAAACAAAAUACGUUGAUGAGCCGAUAAUAGUAAAAGGAGAAGUAGAUAUGCAUUAUCAACGUUUGAUAGCUACAAAAAAAUUACGAGAUGAUUGUUCUAUAGAGGGAUCUGUUAAGGGUAAACAUAUAAUUGAUAUAGAGGAUGGCGGUACACUUAAGAAUGUUAUUCUCGCAGAUCCAGCUAAAGGGGUUUGGUGUGAAAAAAGUUGUAAAUUGAUAAAUGUUUAUUGGGAAAAGGUCUGUUACCAUGCUGCAGGAUUUUCUUCAGAUGAUAGCUCGCCAGCAGUUCAUGAAGUUACCAAUAGCACUGCAUUACAUGCUCCUGAUAAGUUUUUCACUCAAUCAAGUAAAGGUAAAACAAUUAUUAGAAAUUUCUGUGGUCACGAAUUUGGUAAAGUUUAUUGUUCAUGCGGAUCAGGAUGUCAACCACAAUAUCAAAGGAGUGUUGAAAUUUAUGAUUCAAGAUUUAAAGGACCAGGAUUGACAUUAAUUUCACUCAACCAUAAUUACAAGGACUCAAUGUCUAUGUCUAAUGUUUAUGUAGAUCCAGACCCCAAAAUUAAAUAUAUUUGUCAGGUAAACAAAUACUAA